AUGUACGGGUAUUCUAGAACGUACCCAGGAACGACUUGGACGGGACAGUGUGCUUCAAUUUUCACCACCCGCCUUACCCCCUUCACAAUCUCUCUUCUUGGGUUACGAGCCAGCCAGAGUCUUCCUCCUGCAUUGGCGGCCCCCGAGUCUCCUCAGGAUAGAGAGCAUGAGGAACCAGAUGCUGAGCGGAGAAUUAUGGCAAGCUUUGUGAUUGAUAUCGACGAAUGGAGCAUGCGUGCUCUCAUUGGAACAGCCUCAAAGCAUCAGGCCUCCGCCCUUCGACAUGCUCUCUACAGACAUCUGACUACCCAGACCUUUGUUGGGCCGACCUUUGUUGUGAGAGGAGAAUAUCGUAUGUUUCAACUUGCAUUUCAUCUGCCAUACUAUGCCUGGAGAGAUGCAGAAAUAAGAAUCGAGGACCAUCGGCGAGAUAACAAUGGUCGACCCAUGAGAAAGUCCCGUGACGCCUCAUAUCUUAACUGGCGAAGCAAGGGAUCCCAUUCCUUCUUUUAUGAGGCACAAACCUCUUGCGUUGUCGCAGGCUCAGACAUUCGGAGAUGGGUCGGGUAUUGCUUCGUGGAAUCCUACUUUGAUGUUGACAACGAGGCAAGAGACACUCCCAUGGCAUACUAUGAGGAGAGCCAAGGGGAAGAAGGUAUGCUCAUGGAUCCUUGCACAUUUGGCUGGUUGCGGCUCGACGAUAACAUUAAGGACCCUCGCGAGUGGUUCCUAGUUGUCUUCCAACAUCGUCUGAAUCAAAUCAACGGAGAAUGGCGCCAAGUAGUCCGGAAGGUGGAACAGAGCGUUAGGGACUAUGAGAAGGUAGCUGGUAUGUCUGCCUCUUCGAGGUAG